AACAGGGCGUAACAGGGUGUUUAUAAUAUGUAAUAUAAUACCGCGUGCAUGGAAUGAACUAAAUACGUAAUGUAGAGGGAACUAUAAACAAGAUAAAAUGUAUUCGGCAUCGUAUCAAUACACUGUCGCAGGUAUGAGAAUUGUGCAUGGGCGAAACUGCUGGGAUACAAUCUUCGAUUAUGCGACUUAAUAUUAUCAGCACUCUUAACAUAAAUUAUGUGAUUUUUAUGAGUUAGACAUCGAUCCAUUGUUAGCUAAGGAAUAUUACUAUGUACGGAUAUUCAAAAGGACAGCAGUUUUUACAGAACAGAACUCAGGAUGAGCAAGUUGAAAAAAUUCAAAAUCAUUAUUGCAUUUAGUUCCAUCAUUAUCAUUGCUUGUUAUAUUUAUUUGUACUCUAUUAGUAGUUCAAACAUAAAAAUUCAAUCUCACUAUGUUUGCUCAAGUUUUGAUCAUUCAUUACUAUAUAAUAAUAGAACUUUAUUAAAUAAUCAUAUUUUAAGAAAGUUUCCCAGCAAUAGUUCAUACGAAUUUAAAAGUGAAGGAGGUUGGAUAAAAGUUUUUCCUCAUUUUUUCAUAUAUUCUGCUUACAGUGAUAAUUGCCAAUAUAUAAAAAAUGGUAAUACUCAGCCUUGCAUAAAGAUAAUUUCUGUAGUUCUUAGCGGUCUUACAUUAUUGAAGGAAUAUAAUCCAAAGCCUUCUUGUUAUAUUAAAAAUGAAAAAAACGUUAUUUUGAAAACCGGAGUAAUAACUUAUACAGAAAUUCCAGAAAGUCAUGAAAGAUGCUAUGUUGCUGCUUUUAUAGACUGUCCAUUACUUAAAGACAACUAUUCUUAUCCACUAUGGAUAUCAAUUGGUCAUUCAUCAAAAGACUUAAAAUGGAUCCCAGUCCAGAAUUAUCCCAGCUCCAAUAAAAAAAACUUGGCAGUUUGCAUAAGACCACUAUAUGGUCCUUUUAAUCAGUCUGUUUCUCUUAUUGAAUUUGUCAACUAUUAUUAUGCUGCAGGAGUUGAUCAUUUUUAUUUUUAUAUUCAAGAUAUAGUUCCUGAAAUUUAUCAAUUAUUUAAAUUUAUGCUCAAUGAAGGAAAAAUUAGUAUCAGUUUGUUAAACUGGAAUAUAGAGCUUGAUAGUGAACUGAUACAUGAAAGUGGCCAACUAGCACAUAUCCAAGACUGUAUCCUAAGAAGUCGAAAUAAUUUCAGAUAUGUCAUUCUAGUUGAUUUAGAUGAAUUUAUAGUUCCACACUAUCAAGACAACUUGAAAGAAAUGUUAUAUAAUUUAGAUGCAAAAUAUAAAAAUGUUGGUAGUUAUGUAUUUCCAAUGGCAUUUUUUUGUGAUGAAUAUAUAUUUCAGGAACAUAAAUCAUUUGCAAAUUUUCCAUUUAUUACAUUAAGUAAUUUUAUUCGUCAGAAGACACUUUGGUAUUAUCACGAACGCUCUAAGACUAUUGUAAAUCCCGCUGUUGUAAAGAUAGGAGGUAUACAUUUUGUCUGGAAACAUUUUGAUAAUUAUAAAGAAGUAAGGAUUUCUGGUGAUAUUGCUCUACUUCAUCAUUAUCGUUCUUGCUGUGGAAUGCAACAAACUUGGAUAUUUCAUUUAAAAUCUUUUCAUGUUUUGUCUGAUAAAACAUUGAAGGACAAGUCUAUGCUGAAAUUUCAAGAAAAAAUGCUCAAUAGUUUAAUAAUGAAAGCAUUAUAUAAGCUAAUUUUAUGAAAUUUUGCAUGCUUGUUUUGUAAAUAACUUUUUCAAUGAAUACAGUUUUUGAGCCAAAUUUAAAGUACAAUAUUGAAUCAAAUUUUAAAUGAUUAAUUUGUAUAUAAUUUUAAAAUAUUCAAAUAUAUAUUUAUUCUAUAAAUUACUGUAAAUAAAAAUUCAAAACCAAUUGAGAUAUUUUAUUUAAAUACUUUUUAAUGAACCGUUUAUUACACUUCCUGUUCUUUAAGGCAAAAACAUUAUAAAAUCAAGCAAAAGUUUAAAAGAAAAUUAUUCGUAAUUAUAAUUUAAUAAUCUAAUCAAUCCAACUGAGAACAAAAAGCUCUUGCAAAAAUUGGUGCUGAGAUUGGGUUUAAUUCAAAAUUCCCUUGACAAGAAAAUGCUUCCUCUGAAUAUGAAAUAUCAAAACUGAAUAAUGUGAAUUACUGUAUCUUCAUAUUAUGAUAAUAUCAUGUUGCCUUAUAAACAAAGAAUUUAUUGUAAUUUCUUCUUGAUAUAAAUGAUCAUAUUUAUCAAAAUAAUUAAAUUGCUUAAAUCUAUUUUAAAUGAAUUUUCUUGGA